UUUUAUCGGCAUUGUAGAAGAAAUGGUUAAUCCCGCCACUGCUACUAUGGCUAACAUUAUUGUUGGAGUACCUUCUCUUUCUCUUCCUUCAUUACACUCAACAAAUUCAAAUACUUUCACUCUCAACUCCAAAAUUAAGACCCAAAAUCAUAAACUUCAUCUCAACUUCUCACAAACCAACCACACAACAAACCCAUUUCCAUCAUCAAAAUCACUCAGAAACAGAAGUAGUCGUUCUGUAUUGGCUUGUCUUCCUCCUGCUUCUGAAUCCUCAUCUUCCAAUAAUACACCCUCUUCUACUUCUUCUUCAACUAAGCUAUAUGUCAGUGGGCUAUCAUUUGGUACAACGGAAGAGAGCUUACGAAAUGCAUUUAAGAAUUUUGGUCAACUCGUGGAAGUCAAUCUUGUGAUGGAUAAAAUUGCGAAUAGACCAAGAGGGUUUGCUUUCCUUCGCUACGAAACCGAAGAGGAAUCCAACAAGGCUAUAGAAGGAAUGCAUGGAAAGUUCCUGGAUGGUAGAGUCAUAUUUGUGGAAAUCGCCAAACCAAAAUCAGAGCUGCGACAAAGAUUCAAACAGAACACUAUGUAGUGAUAGUAAAGUUCCACACUACAUUAUUUACUUGUGUAAUAAAUUUUUACAGAUGUUAAUUAAUGUAUUUGAAGUGUUGAUCUAAACUUUAUGCAGGAUAGUAACAUUGUCCUUAUCAGAUCAUUGUUAUGAAACAUAAUGUAUACAAGAUUAUGAAUCCAGAUAUACAAGUUUGCUAUGGUAA